AUGGGUAACGCAGCGACUAGCAUAGCAACUCGUGUGUCAGGUUUAACUUCUGAAGCUCUAGAAAAAGAGUUGAAGGGAGAUCUGAGCAUUCUUGGCGACCAAAAACUGUUUUUCAAUCAUGGUGCUCUAUUAAACGGGUGAGGAGGGUUAAGCCGACUGUUGCAGCUAUGUCUACGCUGGUGUAUUGAUAGCUAGAUCACUUCAAAAUGGCGCGCAUGGGUCUUGAAAAUUUUUAAAAAUUUCCAAGAUUUUUAUCAGAGCCAACCUAUGUCGACAGGGAGGAAUCGGGGGUAUCGGUUAGGCGGAUCAUCCAAAAAAUAUAGAGAUAGGCCGGAUGCAAAAAUUUGGUAUAGUGUUAGGCCGAAAAAAAAAGUAAAAAAAAUAUUUAAUGGGGUUAGGCCGAUUUUAUAUAUAUUUUUUUCCUUACUUUUUUCAGCCUAACUCGCAACAAAAUAAAUAAUUUUUUUUUCUAGGCCUAAAUCUAUUGCGAAAAAAAAAAACUUCUCGAAAAUUUUGCAUCCGCCCUAUCUCUAUUUUUUUUUUGUGAUCCGGCCUAAGCCGAUACCCCCGAUUCCUCCCUGUUGACAUAGGCCGGCUCUGAUAAAAAUAUAGGAAAAUUUUAAAAAUUUUCAAUAUCUAUGUCGCUAAAUUUUAUUAAAAAAAAGCAAUCACUACAAAAAAAUAGACAUAACUUCGUAGGUCGGCCUAUCUCCAUCUUUAUGUUAGGGUUAGGCCGACUUACAAAGUUAUGUCUAUUUUUUUAUAGUGAUAGCUUUUUUUGAUUUAAUUUAGCGACAUAGGUAUUGAAAAUUUUUAAAAUUUUCCUAUAUUUUUAUCAGAGCCGGCUUAUGUCGAUAGGGAGGAAUCGGGGAGUAUCGGCUUAGGCCGGAUCACAAAAAAAAAAUUAGACAUAGGCCAAUAUUUUUAUUUUUUUUUUUCACUCCCCCCCCUUUAAAUUGGAACAAAAUAUAGGUAAAAUUUCCACUUUUUUGGUAAAUUAACCCCUUUAAAUUGGAACAAAAUUUAAUUUUAUAAUAAAAAAUUUUUAUAUAUAUAAAUCAUAAUUUUUAUGUAAAGAGUUUUGAUAUAAUUUAAAUGUUUCUUCUUAACUAAAAUUAAAAAUUUAGAUAUAUCCUGCUCUUGUUUAAAGAAUAGAGUAUAAAGAGCAUCUUAUUUAAAUAAAUUUAUUAUCCUUAAUUGUAAAUUUUUAAAACAAUUUAAUUUUUUUUGUUUUUAAAAAAUUUUAAAAAAACCAUUUUAUUUUGUUUAAUAAAAUGAUAUUUUUUAUUUAAAUAGCUUUGAUAUAAAUUCAAUACGAAUUCUUUACAAAAAUUCAAAAAUUUACUUAUCUCUUGCUUUAUUUUAAAGAAUAGAGUAUAAAUAGCAUCUUAUUUAAACAAAAUUAGCACUUUGAUUAAUAAAUUUUCUAAAAUUUGUUUUUUUUAAUUUUUUUUUUUUUAUCAAUAAAAAUAAUAAUUUUUGUGUAAAUAGUUUUGAUACCAAUUAAUAGUGGCGUAUUAAUUAAUAUUAAAAUUUUAGUUAUAUCUUGCUUAGUUUUAAAGGAUAAAGAGUAAAUAGCAUUUUAUUAAACAAAAUUUAUUAAUCUAAUUCGAUAAAUUUUUGAAAUUUUUUUUUUUUUAAAUUUUUAUAUAUAUAUUUUUAUAUAUAUAUUUUUUUUUAUAAAAAAUUUUAUAAUGAUGUUUUUUUUAAAAAAAUUUUCUUAACCCCCCUUUAAAUUGGAACAAAGUUUUUAGUUCCAAUUUAAAGGGGGGGGGAGUUAGUAGUUUUAUCGCGAAACCCAAUAAACUAGGAAAAAUUUCUGGAAGGUUUGGCAGAAUGCUUAAGGUAUAAUCAGUUUAUAGCAAUUUUUUGCAGUGAAAAAUUAUUAUUUUAAAGUUUAUUCUGGACAAUACCUCAAGACGAUGGGUGCUUCCAUCAUUUGUAGAUCAAGACUUGGAUCAUCUAAUGGAAUAAUUUUAUUUUAUUAAGCGUAGCAAUAUUAAUUUUAAACGAAUUUUUUAUCAUAUAUAGAUUAAAGGCUUAAGGGUUAUUUCAUAUAUUCUUACAAUAUUCUUACUGUCUUUUAUUAAAUUAAUUUAUAAUUAACUACACUGACUGGCACGGGGUGCUUUUGGCUCGAAACUGAGCCAAAAGCACCCCGUGCCAGUCAGUGUAGUUCACUAUAUCUGAAAAAUAACAUAUAUAAUCGGCAUAACACGACUGUAUUUUUUUUAAGGCCUAAGUCUAGUGCUAAAAAUAAUUUUUAAAAAUACGGCCUAAAUCUAUUGCCAAAAAAACCAAAAAAAUUUCUGGCCUAGCACUAUACCAAAUUUUUGUAUCCGGCCUAUCCCGAUAAUUUUUUGGUGAGUCGGGCUAAGUCGAUACCCCCCUAUUGGGAUAGGCCGGCUCUAUAAAGAGGUUGUGAUUUAAUUCGAAAUUUUUAAAAAAUUCCAAUACCUAUGUCGCGCCAUUUUGAGGUGAUCUAGCUAUCACUACACCAUCGUAGACAUAGCUACAACAGUCGGCCUAACCCUCCUCACCCCUAUUAAACCUAGAUGACCUCAAUAAUUAUAAGGUCCCAGGUUCAUCAUCAUCUGCCUCAGCCAAGCUUGAAGACCUGAACUACAUAAAUGAAGAGCAAAUGUUGUGCAGUAUGGAAGAUAAAAGCUUUAUCAAAGAAAGGCACACAAAAGUCAUUCAAGACUUACUGAAUGAAAUUGACCUACGUAGAGUGGAAGACUCAAGCUCAGUUGAGAUGGUGAAAAAGCUACAAUACCUGAGCAGAACUUAUGAAGCUCUACUUAGAAUGGAUGAGCGUGAAAAAAGAAAAUCAAAGCCAGGAGCUUCAAAUACUAAAGAAACCCUCAGCCCAAUUGCCAUAUCAGGGCUAUCUUUUGGUCUGUCUUCUUUGUUUGGGAUAAUUAAGAUUUUGGGCUCUGACAAGCCUGAACUUUAUAAGAUUAUCAUAGAAUCUGCUUCAAGCAUAGUUUCUGGUCUUAGCCCAAUGACACUGAACGACAAAGAUCCUUCGAUCUCUCAAGUAGUUUCAUCAGUUCUUGCAUUUUUCAACUCAAUGCUAAAUCCCCCCUCUAUGGGCGAACAAAAAAAUCUAUUUAGCUCAAGGAGAGGAGUGAUUUUUGUUUUCAAACAAUUUAUAUAGAAAUUGCCCGAGGAUGGCACUAUAUUGCGCCAGCCUCGGGCCAUUUUUGGUGCGUGGAAGUCGAUGUUCUACACUCACCAAAAAUGGCCCCACACGUGGGUUCAAUUCCCGGCGUCGGGCCAUUUUUGAAUUGCCCGAGGAUGGCGCAAGAUACGCCAUUCUCGGGCAAUUAUUAUAUAUAAAUUUUUAGAAAAUUAUUUUCUAAAUAUAAAAAAAUCCCACUUCUCAAAUAUUGGAAAGCAAAUUAAUUUAAUUUGUAAAAUUUAUGUUUUAAAAGCAAUUUUUUAAAAUUAAAUAAUUUUCACUUAAAUAUCAAAGUUUUUUUUAUAAAAAAUGUUUGUUCGCUCACGAAGGGGGAGUAAGAAGAGAGCUGCCAAAUAUCCAAGAAGAAGACAUAAAUGCCUGCUAUUCUAUUCUUUUUGGGCUUUAUGUUGCUACAGGAAAUUUGUGUACCGCUUUAGUAUUAGCUUUAACAUUUGCCAAUUUUGACCCAAGUCAAGAUCAUUCUCCAAUUUAUAAACAAAUUUUUCCUAUGCUAGUGAGCUUUAACGACCUUAUGAAAAAAGCAAGUAAUUCUUUUGCUUGGGAGACUGAAAAAAAAGGGAAAGGCAUACUCCCAAUCGGUUAGAAAGACAAUUAUAAAAUAAUUCCCCUUUAUUUAGGGGGAUAGAAAUGCUUAUAAUUUUUUCCAAAUUAUAUCUUGAUGUAUGACUAAGGAUUAAAAUAAUAAAAUCUCACAAUAUUAUAUAAAUAGUGUUCUAAAACAUAAAUUUAAUAUAAAUAAAUUAGUCAAAUAAUUGUAAAUUUAAAUUUAAAAAAAAAAUUAUAUAAGUUUUAAAAAUUUUUGCUCAUUAUUAAAGUGGAGAAGUUGGAAAUCAGUAGCGACGAGCCAGAUGUAUUAAGCAGAACAAAUUAUGAUGGCUGGGGAGCCGUUCUUUCAACAGAAGCUUGGACAAAAGGGGUUCACUAUUGUGAGAUGAUUUGGACUCAAGGUUCAACUAAUAAUAUUUAUUAUGGAGCUUGUAAUGGAAAUUAUCCUAACCUCGACACGACCCCUGAAGAACAGUCAUUUGCUCUCUAUUAUAAAGCUGACGGAAGUAUGUGCAAAGGUACUACUCAAUUGUACACCUUCGAAAAAUACGUAGUUGGUGACAAAAUUGGACUUCUGCUGGAUAUGGAUGAGCGCACAGUUCUUUUCUUUCACAACGGAAAAGAAGACCCCAAAGGAGCUAUUAGAGAUCUUCCUGAAAGUAUGAAACUUUUUAUGUGCCUUGGAGGAAUUAGCAAACACAAAAUUAUUUAUAAUCCCUUAGAUAUGCCAGACAUAGCUCGCAUAAAAGUUGAAAACUAUUGGAAAAAAUUUAAGCUUGAAGAUUUAAGCAUUUACAGAGCUAUCAAAACUGGAGAAAUGGCUGAUGAUUAUCUCCAAAUGAAGCCUUUUGAGCUCACACACUAUGUUCUUAAAUCGUUUGACAUCUUAAAUGACGGUAUCAUAGAAAAAUUAGAAAAGAAAAAGGUGAAUGUUGAAAAAAGAAUGGGGUUUACCCUAGACAUCAAGAAUGAAACUGUCGAAAUUUUAGAAAAAUUGGCUUUGACUUGCAUUGAAAAGAUUCACUCACUCCCCCUCAGUGAGCGGGCAAAACCAUUGAAAAUAUCUCUAUUUUUUGCCCAAAAACCCCCUCCAUGAGGAUUUUAUUAAAAUAAAAAUUUUUUUUAUGGAAAAAAUAUUUUGAUAUGCAAGUGAUAAUUAUUAUAAUGAAAUAUCUAGCUAAUUCUGUUUAAAAACAUAUUGGGAAUUUUUUAAAUUUCAACACAUAAAAUUUUAUAUAGUGAACUACACUCACUGGCACGGGGUGCUUUUGGCUCAGUUUCGAGCCAAAAGCACCCCGUGCCAGUCAGUGUAGUUAACUAUAAUUUUAUUUUAAAAAAAUUACUCUAUAAACAAAGAAAAGUUUUUUGUUGGCUCGCGAAGGGGCGAGCCAGAAAAUAUUGAAAGAGAAUCCAAAGAAAUUUAUUCAGAAAUGCUAGUCUAUGUGCUAAAACUCACCAGAUCGCACUUAAUUGGGUCGGAUAUGAUUCCAAAUGCAACUUUAGAAAGACAGCUAACUCCCCCCUCCGUGAGUGAACAAAACCAUUGAAAAAAUCCCUAUUUUUUGCCCAAAAACCCACCCUCCGUGAGUGAGCAAAAAUAUAUUUUUAAUAGAAAAUAUUUUAUGAAAAAAAAUGAUAUAUGAGUGAUAAUUAUUAUAAUGAAAUCUUGAGCUAAUUCUGUUUAAUUUUAAACAAAUUGCUUUUUAAAACAUAAAUUUUAUAAAUCAAAUUAAUAUUUGCUUUACAAUUUUAGUAAAUUAGGAUUUUUUUAAAAUUUGAAAAAAAAAAUUUUAUAAAAAUUUAUAUAUAAAUUGUUUUAAAAAAAAAAGUAAUCCCUCUCAGUGAGUGAAAAAAAUUUUUUUUUCACUCAAGGAGGGAGGAGUAAGAACAAGAAUUAUGAAAAUCGCUAUGGAUCUAAUAACUAGUAUGCCAGGAUCCAAGGCUUCUGAGGAGGCCACAAAAAUUGUGACAUCGUGCUUUUCUGUCUUUUAUAAGGACCCACAGGAGAAAUUGUCUUAUUUAUUAGAUAGACUUAAAGAUCAAAUGGACGGAGUUGAGAUAUCAGGUAUCUUUAAAGAGCUUGAAGAUAGAAUUUUCUUAGAAAUGGCUCGACCUGACAAACUUUUCCCAGCAUUAGAACUUAUUAAUGACGAGUCUCAGCAUUUAGUGGAAACUUAUUUCAAGUACUUGAUUGAGCUUUCUUCAGAAAUUUCCAAGAAACUUGUGAAAGGAGAAGAGACCUCUGUUGGAAUUUUGAAACUUCUUGAAACAAGUCAAAUUGCUUUAUUCGGCCAAGCUGCUAAGUCUAACUUCAAAGGAAAAUGGCAAGAAAUCUUAACGAAUUACUCAUUAAGUGUUUUCCAGAACUGUGAAAAAGUUCUUAGGGUUGUGAAAGCAAAAGAAAAAGGGUCUAUAUUGUCAGAUGAACUCACAAACGCAAUCAGCAAAACCAUCCUCGCAGAUUUAUUAGAGACUCUUCUUUACAUGUUGCCUUUAACCAGAAUGAGCCUUGAUUUCUUGGCAAAAAUUUUACCAGUUUUGCAGAGCAUCACAAUAUCUCUACAACACUUUGGCUCAAAGCCAAAAAUCCUAAAUAAAGGCUGGGUUACAGUUACAACAGAUCCUUACGAAAGUAGUCACAAUUACAAUAACAAUCUUGAUAUUACCCACACUGUAAAGAUUCCUGGAGCAAGAAAAUAUUAUUUGGUCUUUGACCCUCAAUGCAAAACCGAGAAGAUUGCUGAUUGUUUAGAGCUUUGGAAAGACGAUAAAAAAGCAGAAAAGCUCUUCAUUUGAGACGGAGAUGAUUUCCCAAAGAAUGGAGAAAGAAUCGAAGUAAAUGCUCCAUAUUUAUUCUUCACAUUCCACUCAGAUCGCUCAGUCAACUAUUGGGGCUGAAAAAUUGAUAUUUUCAGUGAAAUUCCAGCUGACUAUUAUGCUAACUCACCCCUUGAGCGAAAGAAACUAUUGGAAAAAUCCCGAUAUUUUAGAUAAAACCCACCCUCCAUGAGCGAACAAAAAAUUUUUAAUAUAUAUAAUUUAUAACAAAAUUGCAUUUUAAAGCAUAUAUUUAAAUAAAUAUUUGAUUUCCAGUUUUUGCGAAUUGAGUUUUUUUAAAUUUUGAAAAAUAAAAUUUUUCUAAAACUAAUAUUUCAUUUUUUUACAAAAAUUAAUUAUCCCCUCAGUGAGCGAACAAAUCUUUUUUGUUCGCUCACGGAGAGGGAAACUAAACAAUGGCCAGAUACCACAAAAGAUGCGGCAGGAAUUAUGGUUGGGUUUAUCAGCGUAAAAUUGAUUUCAGGAGAAUUUGAGACAACACCAGAAGAUGAAAAAGUGAGAGCUUUGCUUCAAAACCCACUGCUUAAAUACGGAAUUUCUGAUAAGACUUUGUCACUUGUUAAACCUCAAAACCCUAUCCCAGAAAGUUUGAUUAGCCUUACACAGGUGCCAGGAAUUGGAGAAAAAGUUAAGCCUAAGAUGUUAAACCAGUUUAUUAGAAGCGAUCCUACUAAAAAGCUUGUAUGCAAUAAUAAAUCAGAGCUGACCUUGCAAGAGUAUAUUGACUCUUUUGGAAAAUGGGGAGAUGUAAAGUACUCAGACAAUCAGUUUGUCAACGAUUUCAUUGAAGGGAAUAGCGAAAUUGUAAGAGAUUGGAACACCCUGAAAACUUUGAGCGGAGUUAGCGAAGAAGAUUCAGCAAUUGGAAGACCAGAAUUUGAUAAAGCAGAAAGAGCUAUUUUCGCUGUUUAUCUAAUUUUCUUUGAAUUUGCUGGGACUUUCAAAAACCUUCUUCAAGAUCCUACAAGUGUUGAAUCUACAGUCAAAUACCUCGUAAAAGAUGCAGUCAACUAUAGAAAAUGGGCUGAUAAGUACAUCCAAAAAUUGAAGGAAACUGUUACCAUGACCUUUGAAGAGGUUUCUAAUUCUUCAUCUACAGUUAGUAAAACCAUCAGAAUAAACCUGAUUUUUAGGAAAUUAGAAACCCUUAUUAUCAAGCAAAAAUUUUAAUAAUUAUUAUAAUAAUAAUGAGACAUGCUAAUUCUAUAAAUUUUUUUGAUUAAAAAAAAUUAACUUACAUUAAUAAUGGAAAAAAAUUCUUGCAUGUGAAACAGGAGACAGAGUAAAGAUGUUGUAUUUAAAUGCGCUUUAUUAAUCAAUUCGGAGCAUAAUCAAGGAUUAAAUGAGCUUGGGAUUACUAAAAUAAUGAAAAAUUUUGUAGCAAAUGUAGACCAAGAAGCCAGCAUUCCUAAAAUGAAAAGAAAUGAAAGCAAAUGGAAGGAAGCCAAAGAAGAAGUUGCAGUAACUUCACGUUUAGUUGCCAUACUUGGAAGGAGUAUAAGUGAAGAAGAAAGCCGCUCAAAGAACGUUAAAGAAAUCAAAAAGAUAUCUGAAUUUAUUGUUUCUUUAUUCGAAACUCCUGCCUCAGCUGAAAAAAUUGUGGACACCAUUGAGAAAAGAAGAGCGAAAGCUAUUGCAAGAGCUCUUGGACUUUCCAGCUUACUCCCCCCUCCGUGAGCGAACAAAAAAUUUUGUUUGUUGGGGUUAAUUAUCUUUUUAAAAAAAAUUAUAUAUAAAGCUUAUAGAAUUUUUUUAUUCAAAAUUUUAAAAAAACCUCUCUUCACAAAAAUUGGAAAGCAAAUAUUAAUUUAAUUUGUAAAAUUUAUGUUUUAAAGCGCAAUUUGUGCAAAAUUAAACAGAAUUAGCUAGAGAUUUCAUUAUAUUAAUUAUCACUUAUAUAUCAAUUUUUUUUUUCAUAAAAAUUUUUGUUCGCUCAUGGAGGGCGAGUUUUUAGACAAAAAAUAGGGAUUUUUCUAAUGGUUUUGUUCGCUCACAGAGGGGGAGCUAGGAAACUUAAUGAGCUUAUCAUCUAAAAAAGAAACUUCACUAAUAAGAUUCUUUGUUGACUCUUUGAAGCAAAACAAUGUAAAAUUCCAUUAUUGGGAAAAUGUGGAAGGAAUUAAUUCAAGCCUAUUAAAGUGUGUCCAAAAGUCAUUUUAUAACAUCUAUGGAUACUUGCAGAGGGAGCUGCUCAAAUCCAAAACAGAAGCCAUAGAAAAAUCUUCAUACUCUCAUUACUUGACUGUUUUAGAUGCGUUAUGCUUUCCAUUAAAAGAGCCUGAUAAUCUUAUGAUAGUAGAGCAACAGUUCCCACUUAUCAUUUCUCUUUUAUUGAAUUGGUCUAAAGGCUAUAUAGGAGAAGAAGUUGAGACUAAACCAUUCCUUUUGGAGCAAUGCAUUACAGGAUUCAAAAUAUUGAAAGAAGCUGAUAUAUCUGACGAUGUUGAUAAAAUUCUCUUAGAAACCAGAGAAGGAGAGAGCCAGAAUCUUUAUUUAAUUAUUGAGCGCAAAAGAGCACUUCCUGUUGUAGAUUUCCAAAUCACAUCUGAAGAAAUUGAAGGAUAUGAGAAUUUAGGUCAGUUCACUCAGAAUGGAGAAUCCAAACAUAUUUUCAUCAAAAAGAGCGAGCCAAGUGCAAAAGAUCAAUUUCUGGUCAAUAUCCAGGAGAGCCUUGAAUUAGAGUACAGGACUUAUUGUGAUUUAUUAUGUGAUGAAUCAGAAGUUGAAAAGAAAUUAAGAGAAAAACUUAAAGAUAGAUUAUGCAGAGCAGCAUGGGCUGUUUAUAAGUUUUUAGUGUUUAGUGUAGUUGGCAAUGUAAGCCAAAGUAAUUCAUUUGUCAAACAGACUGUCCAAGAUUUGUUUUUGAAUUCAGUUUUUAAUGAAUUAAAAUGGGAUCAAUCGCUAUUGGAGUUGGGCAACUCAGAUCUAAAUCUUAGUGCAACAGUUUCAGGGGAGUUAUGGGUAAAUAAAAUGAACGCUAUCAAAGCUUUUAAAAAGAAUCCAAUGCAAGAAUGGAUCAGGCAGUUUAAUAAAGAUACUGAAAAACUAGAAGAAUCCUUGCUGAAGGAAACGAUUAACGAUUUAGUCGUUAAAGUUGAUCCUGCAAUGAAAGGAGUUUUAACUCCUGCUGAAAUUUCGAAACUUGAUCCGGAGUGCUCAGAACUCCUUUCAAGCCAAGAUGCUUACAAAAAUUCUAAAGGAAAUUUCGAUUUCUUUAAAUAUAUUAAUUCACUCUAUGCUAUGAAAGAUGCACUUUCUAAAGAAGAUCAGCAUUAUAUUGGCCACUCCAAGAUCUGGGCUCAAAUCCCAGAAGAUUUUGAGCAAGCAGCUUUAUCUUAUGAUUUCUGUAAUAUUGAAACAAUAUAUAAAAAUAUUGUUUCAAGUUUCAAUUCUAAACAUCAAGGAAAAUCUUUCCAACAAUUUAUUGAUCUUUUCGAGUUAACAGAAACCAAAGGUAUCGUGCAAGGCUACAAAGUUCAAGAAGAUUGCCCAGCAGAAUUCAAAAACGAGGAAGGCAAUUUAGAUUUGUAUGUAGCAAUGCAUGCAAUAGCUAAAGACAAGAAUAGGUUUUUCGAUUAUUAUCAUGAGCUAAAGUGGGCUCUUCUCCAGUAUGAUGAUCUUCCUGAUAGCUGUUUAGAAGUAUAUAAAGAAAAAAAAUCUUCAAGUGAACAUAUGACUUCUCUAUUGUGGACAAUUUAUGGGUGCUUCGGAUCAAAUACAAUUUCCAGUCUCUUAGCUCGUGAAGAAUAUCUUGAAGAGCUCCUUAAAAUUACUUUCCUGAGCAGCGCAGAAAGAAACAUUGCCCUCGGCUCUCGCAUCCUCAAAGCAGUUCUCCCAUCCCAACACUCAGCUGAAACACUAGGUGCAAUCUGGAUUAGGCUUCCUCACUUUAACCCUGAAAGCACAAGCGCCCAUUUUGUCCAAUUUUUGCUUGCUCCCCUCCAUUCUUGAUCGAACGGCUCGCCAUCGUUCGAUCAAGGAUGGGGGUUAAAAAAAUUUUAUAUAUAAUAUAAAAUAUAUAUAUAUAUUAUUUACUUAUAAAUAAGAGGGUUAAGAGUAUUUAAUAAUUAUUUUUACAGCAAAUAUUGAAUUAAUUUCAUAAAAUACCAAUUUUUUAAUAUUUUGAUUUAUUAGUUACCCUUUUAAAACUGUAUAAAUUUUAAUUUGUUCCUUAUUGAAUUAAAAUUUUUAUUUAAAUUUUAAAAAAAAAUCUCUAAUUUUUUAGAUUAUUGAGUUUUUAAGCCUAGGUUGAUGACUAAAUCACUUCGGAUGGUUGAUUCCGUAGCUUUAUGUCGUCUCAAAGUCUCUAAAAACAACUUCAUUAGGUGCAUCUUCCCAAGCUUUCGAUAACUAAUAUAUUUUUAUAAAUAUAAAAACUUGCAUGAUAUGAAAAUCGUUUCGAUCAAGGAUGGGGGUUAAUUUCCCCAAUUUUUAGGAAUUUUUACAGUCAAUCGUUCGAUCAAGGAUCGGGGGGAGCUAAAAGAAUUGGGAAAAUGGCUUAUUGGUAUGGCUUUAGAGAUCCAAAAAGCAAACUUUUCAGAUGUGGCUAUGAAGCAACUGUGCUUUUGAAAGAACUUAUAUACGUAGAAAAAUGAAGAGACGAGGUGCUCACCACAAUUAUGGAAUCCUUAAACGAUGCUUGCCAAAACUUAAAAGACGGAAAAGCACUUCCUAUGUAUCAAGUUGGAGGAAUCGAAGCUUUAGCAAUUUUCUCGAAGCAGGUUGAUAUUUUCGGGAACGAUCCAAUUGAGCUGGCUGAAGCAAAACUAAUUGAUUCUAAUAUGAAAAGAUGCAUAAUAAGAGCAAUUGAUGGGGACACAGUAGCGAUUUAUUCUCCUAUUACUGAUGAGACAGUGUCAGUUAAUAUAAAGUCCAUUGCUUAUUUAAGGACGAUUAACAACUUUAAUGCAAUGAAAAUACUUAACCAAGAUGAACUGCAAAGCAUUAAAGACUCAGUUAUCAAUUUGUGGUUUGCUUUAGUUGGCUCAGAAUUUUUGUGCUUCGAUAUGAAAUCUGAGAGAGCUGCUUCGUUCAGAACCCUUUAUGCUCACUUAAUUCCUCUGCUAAAUAAAUAAUGUAUUUUGAUAUUUCGAAUAAAUUUUUUAAAUGACAUUUCCAUGUAUUUUUAAAAUUAAUAAUGCUGAAAAGUCAUUGAUCAGAGGGAGAAAUAGAAAACGUUAUUGUUCAUAUAAUUACACUUAUCUUAAAAAAGAAAGACAUUAGCGACAAUGAAGGGACAGACUUAUUGAGAUCCCUCAUGAAGCAUGCUAAAGCUGAAACUAAAAUCUUAGAAAAUAAAGAAAAGAUGCUACUUAUUAGACGAAUACUAUAUGCAAUCGAAGACGGAUACAUUUAUGACGACUUUACAGAUGAAGAAAUAAUGGAAAAGUUUUCGAAUGCUAGCAAUCAAACCAAAUGCCUAAUAGAAGAACUGACAAAAGAAAAUAUUCUGAUAAAGAUCAUCGCUAAGUGCCUUGACAAAGGAAUCAAGGAUAAAAAUGGGAUUUUAGAAUUUGUUGGAAAAAUAGAAGAGCCAAAAUCAAGCCUGCUAUUCAAGCUUCAGCAAACUGAAUCUUUAAACCUUGAAAUAUCUGAUAUCGCUGGAUAUGCAGAUAUUUACCAAAAUUCAAAUAGCCAAUUCGUAAUAGAAAAUAACAAUUUCGCAACAGCAAGAAAAGAAAUAACUGUAGUUCCUGACUUGUCUGUAUUCAGAAACGCUACACAGUUUGUAGAAUCUUUGACUAUUCUAGCACAGUUAGAAGGUAUUCACUAUCAAAAUCAGUUGUCAUAUGGUCUCAAACUUGGAGGAGUAGAUAUAGGAGUUAGCACAAACUCUGGAUCGCCAAGCUUUAAAGUCAAUGGUAUUGCUGUCGGCCCUGCUAAGCUUGGUGAAAUAUUGUCUGUUAGAAUUUAUUUAAAUGCAAAUGGAGAAAUCAGAAUAAUUAAUGAAAACACCAAAGAAAGCAUUAAUCUGCAGGAUGCAACUGCAUUUAAUGGUCUUCAAAUGGGAGCUUAUGGACUUUAUAUGGAAGCUGGCACAAGAGCUUCAUUGUUAACUUUUGAAGUAUAUGAUGGUAAAAACACCAAGUCUGCACCAACCAAAGUUAAUAAAUCCAAAGAUGCCGAGAUUUAUAAAACAUUCAAAGUCAUUCAAGCAUCUGAAAAUCAUGAUAGGCUAAGACUAAAGCUUUUAGGCUUGACUGAAGGCCAAAUAACUCAAGCUCUAUCAUCAGACAGAGACUUAAGGUCUAGCUUAGACUACAUUUCUCAGAAUUUCUCGAACGAUUUCCAAAAUACCAUUAGCUCUCUAAACCAAGAUGCCAUCACUGAGUUAAAACUAGUUAAAACAAUUCGUGAAGUCCCUAAUGGAUUUACAGCAGUUCCGAUCUAUGAAGAUGGCAAACAAAAAGAGUUCAAUAUUCCAAAGAGAAUGAUUUUAUGCGCUAAAAAAGAGCAGGCGACUACUGGAAAUGGUUACUCAAGCAUUGCACUAGGCACAGAAGUUAAAGAUCAUACAGAUUUAGGUAACUUUGACCCUGAAGACCAAGCCAGCGACUCUUUGACUCACAUCUGGGUAAAGCAAGGAGAAAUAGAAAAAUUCUGCAUAAAAGAUGUCAUUUACAUCAAAUCUUCUUCAAUAUACAAAAUAAAAGUACCAUUUGGCUAUAAGAUAAUUAAAGAUGGUGAAGGCAAUGAAAUAAAUCUUGGCCAUAACUUAUGAAAGAAAUCAGUCUUAUUUUUAGCUGUAAAGAUAAGUGAUACUGCUUUGAAUUGCGCGCUUACACCAUUCAAGAGGAUGAAUUCAACUAAAAUGCCACUAUGCGGAUUAUUAGAAACUGCAGAAAAUACCGAAAGAAAAGUUCAAGAAGACCAAUUCAAGGAUCUGUCUAUUCAAGAGCUCUUCAGUCACUUUUAUAAGCUUAUGGAUUCCUCAAAGCAAGCUUCAUACAAAAUUCUUGCUCUAAUGCUCAUCAAAAAAUGUCCAACCUCUAUUGCAACAAUAGCUGAGGAAUUCAGUAUCACCAAAUUAUUCUAUUUCUUAGGAAGUUCUGUGAAUAAAAUUGCUAAAACGAUUGAUACUUUACUUUCUCAAGACAAUCCGAAAUUCAAGGACACGCUUUUCAAGGACUGCCUAGAAAGGAUUCUUAGAUCCUUGAUCAACACAGAAAAGCAAGAAGGACCUCUGGCUCCAUUGACAAUUGAAAGCCACCAUCCAUAUGAUGAUAAUAUGAAUUUAGAUCAAGAAAUCAGAAUUCCUAGAGCUAAAAAGCUCAGUUUUGUGUUUGAUCCACAAUGUGACACCGAAACUGGUUGUGAUCCUUUAAGAUUUUUUAAGAAUCCAGGAUGAAUUGAUGAAAUUAAACGUUAUUCAGGAUUAGGAGAAGCAAACUGGGCUCCAUUUGAAGUAGAAGGAGAAGUUGUUUAUUUAUAUUUUCACUCUGAUGGAUCAGGCAACUGUUGGGGAUAUAAGUUUGACGUGAUUCCUGAAAGCCCAGUUUCUGCAACAGAUAAUCCUUGGCCUGCAAUUUGGAUGCUAAAUAAGAUUUCAAAAAUGGACCCAAUACCUAAAGAAUUUAUGGAACUAACGCAUCCUAGAUGUGUCCAGCCUAUUUUCUUGCAUUCUCUUUCAGCAAGCACUUUGGACUUGAAGCUUGACUCUGUAAGAAUCUUGAAUAAGAUCAUAAGAGAUCAGAAAGGCCCACUGCUCAAAAAUAUUCUUAACAUCUUGAUUGCUCAAGCAAAUGAGCUUAAUAAUGCUAUGACCGAAUAUAAAGUAGAUAAUAGUUUAAUGCAAGCAACUGCAAGGCUGUUAGAAGAUGCUUCACAUAAAUUCCAACUUACUGGAGAGGAACUUUGGUUUAUGGAAUUUUGUGAACUAGUCUCUGACAUUAAAGGUCUAAGCGAAAAGGAUGAGCUGCUAGAAACUUUCUUAUUCGAAUCAUUCAAGAAAAAGGUUACUUGCAACCUCGGAAGAAUUUAUGAGUCCAAGCAUCCUUAUAUUAGGCAAACCACAAAAGAAUUCAUCCAAAUUCCUGGUGCUUCUUUUAUUAGUAUUGUCUUCGAUUCAAAUUCAAGCCUCGACCCAAGAGACACAGCUAUUUUCAGCUAUGACGAAUAUGGUAAGAAAUUAGUCGAGGAAAAGAAAAUUGAAGCUAUAAGCGAUGCUAGAUGGAGGGAAGAGCCUUGUGGCAGGAAAGUCACUUUUUCAGAAGGAACUUCACAAGUUACCAGAGCCAAAGGUUCUGGAUGGGGCAACGCAAUUUGGUCUGAAGACUACUCUGAUGGUACAGUGAGUAUCAAAUUCAAGAUAGAAUCUGAUGGAGGCUCUGAUCAUUGAUACAUUGGUGUUUAUAGGACAGAAAAGGAUGUCCAAGAUUAUGAUCUAAAUGAGUACAUAGGAUGCGACUGUCCUCAUAAUGUAUGGAGUUGGAAAAGAACUGGAGAAGUUCACAAGAAAGAAUGGUCCAAAGAUGGGUUUGAAGGAUUUAAGCAGGGAGAUGUAAUCACAAUGUUUAUUGAUAUGAACUUAAGAGAACUGACUUUCUUUAAUGGAACUCUUGAAGUCUUCAAGUUCACGGGGAUUGCUUCUUCUGUCACCCCAGUGGUCUGCUUUGGUGCUUUAAAUCAAGUCAUAACUGUGCUUAGCGUUGAAAGAAUGGCUGGGUCAAAACCUCUUUCUGAAAGAAAAUUUGAUGUUAUAGGAGACUCAGUCUAUUUUUGGAUCCCAGUUCAUAAAACUGCUAUAUCUUCUAUAAGUGUAUAGCUCGCUAGAAAUAGAAUAGUUUAAAUAAUAGUCGUUCAUGAUUAGCAAAUCUUCUUGAAAUGGUAUAACAUUAAGCAUUUAUGGGACAGCAAUCAGAAUGGAGCUGUACUCAACGCGAAUAAAACUACUGUCACAAAGUCAACAAGUGAUAAAACUUGCCACGAAACUGAAGCUGAAAUGAGAUACGGCAAAUACUACAUCGAAGUCUCUGUAGAAUCAAAAGGAUCUGUAGGAGUUGGCUUUACCAAGAAGAGCUUGAUUAAUGCGAACACUAUUGAAGGAAGUGAGCAAACUGUAAUUUAUUAUAGUAAUGGAAAAAUUGGUAGCGCAGAGAGCGUGAGCUAUGACCAGAACGACGUCAUUGGGAGCUAUAUAGAUUUUGAUAAAAACGAAAUUGCCUUUUAUAAGAAUGAAAAAUUGCUAGACACUGUCAAAGUAGCUCUUAAUAUCGAAGACUCUGAAGACUGCUUCAAAUUUAUUGGUGUCUUAUCAGAAGAAAACCAAGUCUUAUCAAUCGGUAAUACAGGAAAAUACCCUGCUGGUAUUGAUCUUAUGAGAAUUGACUCUGAACAAGAAACUGAAUUCUGGGGCUAUAAGUUCUCUUUAACACCUAAUUUCAAAGGAAGAAAUACCAAACUCAUUGAUUCCUAUUUGAGCUUUGCAUCAGCUGAUGACAGAGAAAAUUGGAGAGAAAACUACAAGCCUACCUAUUCCAAGUUUUUCAAAAAUGGCAUAGCACAGCAGUUCAUUGAAUUCAUGGAUGGCUACCUGGAUAUCAAUAAUAUUAGUUUCUAUACUAUACUGGAAAACACUUCAUUGAAUAUUUCUCCAGAAGAGUUAAUUUAUUAUCCAGACUUACAAAAAUUAUCAGAGGCAGAGCUGUAUAAUUUGAAAGAAAUUUUGUUUAACUUCUGCUUAAGAUUCCAAAAUUACUUCUAUCUGUUCGAUUUGCACACUGAAGCAGACGAGCCAGAAAACUCUCUCAUGAAGUUUAUUAAGAAGGCCAAGAAUUAUUUAUUAUUACAAUUCAAGAAGCAAAACUUGGAAAACCAUCUUGAUGAAUCUAACACUGACUGCAGAAUUGACAUUACUAUUGAUAAAACUAAAGCACAAGAAAUAAAAGCUAAAGGGGAUGCUGAUCAUUCUGCAAUUGCUUCAAUGUUUAGUCAAAUAAGCAGAGCCUUGGAAGCAGCAGCUAAUAAAACUCUUAGACAUCCUGAAAGAAUGUUCAAUUUUGCAUACAAGCCAGAAGGAAUCCAAGAUGAUGCAGGUAAGUAUAAUGAAUUAUUGAUAGAACUUUCUAAAGAGCUUCAAUCUCCAUUACUUCCACUUUUGAUCCCAUCUCAAAAUAACGUCCUUAAUGUAGGCAAUGGAAGAGAUAAUUGAAUGAUCAAUCCAACGUCCACUCUCCCAGCUCAUAAGCACCUAUUCACCACUCUUGGAAAAUUCUUCGGUUCUGCAAUUCGUACCAAGCAAGGGCUGAGACUUUCACUCCCUAUUAUUGUAUUUAAGCAUCUUCUAUACGAAAAAACACAAAUAAAAUGGUUGACUAUCCAAACCGUCCUUUUCACACUCAGAGCGACGAAGUUCGGAAAAAGUGUCCGGGUGGGUUUUUUUACCCCUAUCGGACUCCAGAUAGGGUUUUUUUCCUGACUCAGAGACAAGGAGACUAAAGUCCAUAUGACAACCUCACACUUCUGGAAACGAAGGGUAAUGGAGACCAGAAGGAGGGUGUGGAAACAGCCAGCCACUCCCAUCUCCGGGUUAGGUCGAGCCCAGGCUGCUAGAAGUUAUCCAAGGAAAUAUCUGGGUGAGUCUCCCCGAGAGCUGGCGAUGUCACCAUUUUUUGGUCGACAAAAAAGGGCAUGAGUGCAACCCGAUGCAUAGGGCGCAAGCUUGAAGUCGGUGAAGGCGGAGAGGGGCUGAAAUAAACCCCGAACACCCAUUCUAACUAAUUAAUCUAUACGAAAACGUCACAACUGAAGAUUUAAGAGACUUUGACUUCCCACUCUACAAGUUUUUGCAUAAAUUAAGGAAUCUUGAAGCAUAUGGAAUUACUUCGGAAAACUUCGGCCAGCACAUUUCUGAGAAGUUCAUAGUAAAAUACGGUGAAGAAGUUGUGGACCUUUGUGAAGACGGAGUCAAUAUUGACGUUACUUUUGAAAAUGUUGGCCACUAUGCUGAUCUACUAGAGAAGCACAAAUUAUUUGAAAAUCCUAAAGCUUACGAUUCUAUAAGGAAAGGUAUGGCUGCUGUUGUUCCUAUUGAUAAAUUGAACCUAUUCACAGCUGCUCAACUACGUGAUCUCAUAUGCCUAAAUCAAGAAGUCAAAUUAGAAGUCCUAGAAGAAAACACCGUUUACGAGAAUUGCUGAAGAACAGAUGCGCACAUUGAAUACUUCUGGGGAGCAAUUAAAUCAUUAAAAGAAAGCGAUCAUGCCAAAUUUAUUGACUAUAUUGCUAGAAGGUCUAAGCUUAUUGAGUGGGAUUGGCCUCUUAAAUUUACAAUAGCCAAGCACAGUAAAUCUGGAGCUGUGAAUAAAUUGGCUCCUAUUGUCGACAAUGCUAUAUUCAGACUUGAGCUACCAGCUUAUACAUCUCCAGAGAUCAUGAAAGAGAAGAUCAUAUUUGCGAUUGCCCACAAUAACAAGUUUGAUUCUUUAGACAUUAAUAUUUAA